GUCGGCAUGAACAACAUGGGGCCGAUGAGCCCGAUGGGGGGGCCCCGAGCACAGAGCCCCGGACCGAGAUUCAUGAGCCCUCCGCCGCUGCAAGGACCUGGACAGUACCCUCCGAGUCCUGGGUUUGCCCAACCUAUGCAGUUGCCCAUGAGGAUGCAAAGUCCUGGCCCGGGAGCCCCAAUGCGGAUGGGCAGCCCGGGUCCUGGAGCUGGGCCGAUGCGUAUGGCCUCUCCUGGUCCGGGGCAGGGGCCCAUGAGGAUGGCAUCCCCGGGACCAGGCCAGGGACCGAUGAGGAUGGCGUCGCCGGGCCCUGGGAGGAUGGCCUCUCCUGGACCUGGACAGGGAUUCAACAGGCAGAUGACGCUGCCGUCGCCAGGUCAAUACAUACCUAUGCAGCCUGGGACGCCUGGGACACCACGUGCACCCAUGCCUCCUUACCACGGGCAGGCCUUCUAGAUGGACAACGCACAAAAGCACACAACAUGACCGCCCCUAUUUUGCCAAUACUCCUUUUUUCUUCUGGUUUUUUUUUUUGUUUUUUGUAUGGAAUCGAAAACAUUGUCUCAUUCAGCCAAGGGGAGAGGGCGGGAGGGUGUGUGUUAUUUUGAGAAAGAGGCACACACACAGAGAGAGAGUAUAACUGGAAAUCGGCCUCAGCAUUUGGGAAGCGAAGAGAAAUCAGCAUAGCAAUGUGUGCAUGGCUUGGAGUGGCCUUUGUGUAUACUGGACAAUUGAUAUUUUAUAUACCUUCUGUGCGCGCAGUCCUCUC